CAUUAACACAGAACAUGACGACACAGAGAAGUCACCAGAGGCUGUAUCGUCUCCUCCAGUCAAAUCAAUGACGUCACCAGAAGCUGUGUCGUCUCCUCCAGUCAAACCAAUGACGUCAUCAGAAGCUGUAUCGUCUCCUCCAGUCAAAUCAAUGACGUCAUCAGAAGCUGUAUCGUCUCCUCCAGUCAAACGAAUGAAGUUACCAGAAGCUGUAUCGUCUCCGCCAGUCAAACCAAUGAAGUCACCAGAAGCUGUAUCGUCUCCUCCAGUCAAACGAAUGAAGUUACCAGAAGCUGUAUCGUCUCCUCCAGUCAAAUCAAUGACGUCACCAGAAGCUGUGUCGUCUCCUCCAGUCAAACCAAUGAAGUCACCAGAAGCUAUAUCGUCUCCUCCAGUCAAACCACUGCUUGAUGAACCGCGACUCACCGCCACCAUAGACACUGGGUAUGAAUACGGAUUAUACAGUGUUAGUUGUCUCAGUGACGAACACUUCUGGACAUGUGGGGAGAACGAAAUCAUGAAGCUCCUUAACCUGCAGGGUAAACUACUGACAUCAAUACAAACCGAGUCAGGGGACAGACCACAAGACAUCGCAGUGACACGGAACGGAGAUCUUGUUUAUGCUGAGGAUGAUAUUAAAACUGUAAGCCUAAUGAAGAAUGAACAGAUACAGACCGUGAUCACACUACAGGGGUGGACACCUAUCAAUGUCUGCAGUACCGCCUCUGAUGAUCUCCUGGUUUCCAUGAACAGUGAUGAUUACAAACAAUGCAAAGUUGUGCGUUACUCUGACUUCACAGAGACAUAGACCAUUCAGUUUGAUGAUGAAGGUCGACCUCUCUAUUCAUCUGAUCAUAACUAUAAAUAUAGCAGUGAGAACAGGAACCUGGAUAUCUGUGUGGCUGACUUUGGAGCUCAUGCAGUAGUGGUGGUGAAUCAGUCAGGAAAACUCCGAUUUAGAUACAGCGGGCAUCCCUCUGAUACCAAAAAAUUAUCAUUUGAUCCAAUCGGCAUCACUACAGACAACCAGAGUCACAUCCUCACAGCAGACUAUAACAAUGACUGUAUCCACAUCCUAGAUCAGGACGGGCAGUUCCUCCGUUACAUUCAAAACUGUUAUUUAGACAGCCCAUUAGGUUUAUGUGUGGACAUCAGAGACAACCUCUUUGUAACUGAGUUAAACACUAAUAAAGUGAAGAAAAUCCAGUAUCUAUAAACAAAACUUGUUAAUUACACAUCUAAACACAAUGUUAAUUACAAACAUAACAUAAUGCUAUUUAUUGCUGCAUGUUAAUUACACCUGCUUGUUAAUUUCAGUUCUUUGUUAAUACUAUAGGUUAGAGCGAUCGUCCCGCAUGCGGAAGGCCGGGGUUCGAAUCCCGGCCGCGACAGACAUAAGUCGUUAAAACAGGUAGUGACAGUUCCAUCGCCAAACGCUCGGCAUCAGGUGCGAAUGUCACGGGUCCUCCUCGAUGACCUAAUUAAAAACGGAUGUCCCGUGUUAGAGUACGUGUGGCACGCUAAAGAACCCUCACUGCUCAAUGGCCAUAAGCGCCGAGCAUAGGCCUAAAUUUGAAGUCCUUCAUUGGUGACGUCUCCAUAUGAGUGAAAAAUUCUCGAGAGGGACGUUAAACAACAUACAAUCAUCAAUCAAUUAAUUACAGCCCUGUGUUUGUGAUGCCGUGUAAUUAACAUGUACUUGUUUUUUGUGCUUAAAGAACACUAGUCUCUCACUGCCGUUUAGUAUUUCUGUCUGACAAUAUUAUAUGUAUUAUUAUUAUAAUAUAUCCAGUGAAACUUGAUUGAUCUUAGUACAUAUAUAUUAAUUACUAAUUUGACUUUGUCACUAAUUGUUCAUCUAUCUCUAUAGACUCUUUUCAACACAUGUAAAUCACUGAUUAGAAUUCAAUAAAAAUCAGUUAAUAUGAUGUACUUGUUUUUGUGGGAUGAACUACUAAUUAAACAUUAUUCUGAUUGUUGAUUAUAUAAUUUAUAUUUUAUAGAUAAACAUGAUUUAGA